AUGGAUGAGGAUUCCCACGGCGAGGCGUUGACAAUAUCUCAAACUUCAGGUGGUGCAGCUACCACGUCACUUGCCUCCGCUUGCGAACCAAUUCAAUUACAAGAUUAUUUUAAUAAACUAUUACCUCUGGUCCUGGGCGCAGAGAGUUCUGAUUUAGAUAAAUCAUUAUGGUCUGUGAGUGAGACCACCGAAAGACUAAAACGUUUUAUAAAUGACCCCCAGGUUAAUGCUAUAUAUUUCACAAAGAAAAGGAAGGACAAGAAAGAAGAAGAUGAACAAGCACCUGUCACAUAUACAUACACAUGUACACAAGAAAUCACUUAUCAUUCAAAUAACGUUGCUUCCGUCACUUUCAUAAAACUUGUUUCUACUUUGGACAAUUCUCGAUCAAUCCAAUCACAAACUCAACUAAUAAAUUUACCCGGCCCUGCAUCAAGUGAAUCUGGUUUGGCCGGCGUGAGUCCAUAUGAAGCAUUGCAUUCCUACAUUCACCUUGCUGUCGCACCUUAUUUCGAUGCAUACGUCAGGGAAAAAGGUGCCGGCGAGGGCGUUUUUAGCAUUACUGGUAAAAAACUUGAUGAUUCUAAAUUAGGCAUUCCAAUGGCCAAGAAGAAAAUCGCCGAAUUAGAAUUGUCACUCCGUCAUUUGCAGCAGAAUGUUGAGAUUCCCGAAAUAUCACUUAACAUACAUGAAAAAGUUCGAGAUAUUGUAAAGAAUUGCAAAUUAGAAGGAACUCGUGUAUCCGUUGACAUCGUUGAUACAUCGCUUCUUUCCGAUUCACAAUUCUUGAAUAAACUUCAAGGAGAUGUAAAUGGUUGGAUUAAAGAAAUUAAAAAGGUCACCGAGUUGACACGUGAUCCAUCAAGCGGUACUGCCAUUCAAGAAAUUAACUUCUGGCUAAGUAUGGAAUCAGCAUUGGAAGGAAUUGAUGAACAAUUAAAAAGUGAUGAAAUUGAAUUGACAUUAAGUAUUUUACGACAAGCUAAACGUUUCCAUACAACAACAUCUUUUGUUUCUGAUACCGGUUUAAAGGAAGUUAUGGAUAAAGUUCAUAAAUACAAUAAACUUAUGAAGGAUUUUCCUCUUAGUGAGCUACUUUCUGCCCCUGACGUGAAUAAAGUGAAAGAUUCAUUACAAUUAAUAUUCAUGCAUUUUAAUAAGAAAUUGAGAUUAUCUCCUUAUCCAAUCAAAAAAGCACUUGCACUCGUAGAGGCCAUUUCACGUGAUCUAAAUGAUCAGUUACUCAAAGUCUUAGGUAGUCGGAGAUUAAUGUAUAUGGAUUAUGAUGAUUUCGAAAAGGUCAUGGCUGGUGCAGAGGACGUAUUCAGGACAUGGGAUGAAAUGAUUAAAGAAUUUACAAACGUAGCACGUGACAUGACGCGCAAACGUCAAGACAAGUUCAUUCCUAUUAAAAUCAGUCCAGCUCACGACAAGUUGCAAGAGCGUGUUUACUUUGUUAGAAAUUUCAGAAAGCAACAUGAACAACUUCAUCAAACAAUUGUUAAAGUUAUGUCACAACCUAAAGGUGCCACCACAAAGAUAAUGGUUGAAGGAGAAGACAAAGUGAUACGACAUGAAGAAGAAUCUGUAAAUAUGAAUGAUGUAAGUUCGAUGGAAGAAAUUAAAUUAGCUUAUGAAAGCGUGAAGGACAUUGAUGUCUUGGACGUAACAAUUGAAGGUACUGAACUUUGGAUGCAAGCAGAAAAUGCCUAUAACGAACGCGUUUCACGUGUUGAAAAUCAAAUUAUUGCGAGUCUACGUGAUCGUCUUGGUACUUGUAAGAAUGCCAAUGAGAUGUUUCGUGUGUUUUCCAAAUUUAAUGCUUUGUUUGUUAGACCAAAGAUUCGUGGUGCCAUACAAGAAUAUCAAACCCAGCUUAUUGAAAACGUCAAAGAAGAUAUUAAAAAACUUCAAGACAAGUUCACAAAACAAUAUCGUAAAUCCGAGGCUUAUCACAUGGCUCAACUUCGUGACUUACCAGCUAUCUCUGGCGCAAUGAUCUGGGCUCGACAAAUUGAGCGUCAAUUACAAGCAUACAUGAAACGUGUUGAAGAUGUUCUUGGGAAAGGUUGGGAAAUGUAUUCAGAAGGUCAAAAAUUGCAAACAGAUAGCAAUAACUUUAGGAAGAAAUUGGAUACUCGACCGAUUUUUGAAGCUUGGCAAAAUGAUAUUAUGAAAGGACGUGAUUUGAACGUUUCCGGUCGUCUAUUCGAAAUUACUAAAAAUCGUGCGCAAGGAAAUAUGUUACAAUUGGGUGUUAAUUUCGAUCCACAAAUUAUCACUUUAUUUAAAGAAGUUAGAAAUUUAUUAUGGUUAAAUCAUCAAGUACCACAUAACAUUGGUGCUCUCGCUAAAACUGCAAAACGCGUUUAUCCUUUUGCUGUUAGCCUAAUGGAAACGGUACGAACAUACGCACAAACUGUUCAAAAAGUUCAAAAACAUCCUGAAAUUAUAAUGUUAAUAGCUAGUUAUCGUAAUGAUGUACAAAACAUGAUCGCAAAAGGUAUUAAUUAUGAAUGGAAAUUUUUUGUCGAAACUUAUGAUCGACAUUUCCGACCUAAUUUGCAUAUUACCGGAGGUACUUUAGACUCUACUGAAAAUCAACACGUUACUUUUGUAAGAGAAUUUGCAAAUCAAGUAUCAAUCUUCCAAGAUAAGGUAGAUGCAUUGAUAACUAGUUAUGAUGAUAUCUCUCGACACAUUGAAGAUUUGAAAACUUGUGUUUACAAGAGCCGGAAAUUACAAUUAAACAUAGAGAAAAUUCAAAAAGUAAUUGACAUGCUGAAUCUUGAGUCAUAUUCAAAUCUCAACACAUGGGUUUCUCAACUUGAUAAACGUGUUGAAACUGUUCUUGUUAAUCGAUUGCAACAAGCAAUAUCAGCGUGGACUGCCGAAUUUAUGAUUUCAGGCGAUGAGUCUGCCAAUGCCGAGUCUAUGUCCCGUGAAGCAGUUUCAAUUAGUGGCAAAGUUGUAAAGAAGAAUAGGCGUAGGACCACAAGAAAUGAUUCUAUGGAUGGCGAAAAACCAGUUAUAUUAAAAGCUGAAAAACCUUCACUUAUUGUUUCAACUCACGAAGUUCGUAUUCGCAAUCAAGUAAUUUAUCUUGACCCUCCGAUUGAAGAUGCUAGAGCCAACUGGUAUAAUCAAUUACAUGAAUGGCUUGCUAUUGUAUGCAGUCUUCCAAGGCUUCAAAGUUCCAGAUACGAUAUCGAUGUACAAGUCAGGGGAACUAUUAGUCGUGAAUCAUCUUAUUCUAAUUUAUUAACUCAGCUUCCGGACAAUUCACUUGAAAAGGCCUAUGGAGUAAUUGAAGCCAAAUUAAAAGAAGUAUCUGAAUAUGUGAAUGUUUGGUUCCAAUUUCAAUCAUUAUGGGAUCUUGAAGCUAAUAACGUGUAUAAUAUUCUUGGCGAUGAUCUUUUAAAAUGGCAACAAAUUCUUACUGAAAUUAAAAAAUCAAGAAACACUUUUGAUAAUUCUGAUACAUCACGAUCUUUUGGUCCAAUUGAAAUCGAUUAUCAACAAGCACAAAGUAAAGUUAAUGCCAAAUAUGAUUCAUGGCAGCGUGAAGUACUCAAUAAAUUCGGUAAUAAGAUCGCAGAUUCUAUGCGAGAUUUCCAUACAAAUGUUUCUCAUGCUCGUAAGGACCUUGAAAAUCAAUCUAUGGAAAGCAAUAACACGAGUGAAGCUGUUACUUUAAUUACCUUUGUUCAAGAUCUCAAACGUAAAGUUGCUAAGUGGAAUCAAGAUGUUGAAAUCUUCCGCAACGGACAAAAAACUUUGGAAAGACAACGAUACCAAUUCCCAAGUGAUUGGAUAUAUGUAGAAAAUAUUGAAGGUGAAUGGAGUGCCUUUAAUGAAAUUUUAAAUAGAAAGAACAAUGCAAUUCAAGAACAAAUUGCCGGUUUGCAAAUGAAAAUUGUUACCGAAGAUAAAGUCGUUGAAGAAAAAAUUAAAAAUAUCGUUGCCGACUGGGACGAAACUAAACCAAUUCAAGGUAACAUUAAACCUGAUAUUGCAACAAAUACACUUAAUAUCUUUGAGGGUCGUGUUACUCGUCUCAAAGAAGAGUAUGACAUGGUUUGUCGUGCAAAAGAAGCUCUUGAUAUGGCCUUAACUUCUGAAGAUCGUUUAGAUCCCGUCCUUGAGGAACUUAGAGAUCUCAAAUCUGUUUGGAGUUCUCUUUCUAAAGUAUGGCAAUCUAUUAACGAACUUAAAGAUCAAUCAUGGUCUUCAGCUGUACCUCGUAAAAUCAGACAACAAUUAGACAAUCUUCUCAAUUCUACCAAAGAAAUGCCCAGUCGUAUGCGUACAUAUGCUGCCUUUGAAUAUGUUCAAAGUGAAAUGAAACAAUACAUAAAAGUUAACCCUAUCCUUUCCGAACUUAAAUCUGAGGCUUUGAAGGAUCGUCAUUGGAAAAAAUUAUUUAAAGAUUUACGAAUGGAGGGUCGUUGGCUUUUAUCUGAACUAACUGUUGGUAAUAUUUGGGAUAUGGACCUAAAGAAAAAUGAGCAAAUUAUUAGAGACAGUGUAACUCAAGCUUCCGGUGAAAUGGCUCUUGAAGAAUUCUUAAAAGGUGUUAAAGAAACGUGGUCUAGUUAUGUUCUUGAGCUUGUCAAUUAUCAAAAUAAAUGUCGUCUUAUUAAAGGUUGGGAUGAACUUUUCACAAAAUGUAGCGAAAAUCUUAAUUCAUUGACUGCUAUGAAAAUGUCUCCAUAUUACAAGACUUUUGAAGAGGAUGCCUCUACGUGGGAAGAUAAAUUAAAUCGAAUUCAUGUAUUGUUUGACGUCUGGAUUGAUGUUCAACGUCAAUGGGUAUAUUUGGAAGGUAUAUUUAGUGGUAGUGCAGAUAUUAAACAUUUGCUUCCCGUAGAAACUCAACGCUUUACAAACAUCAAUACUGAAUUCUUGGGUGUUAUGAAAAAGGUCUAUAAAUCACCUUUCGUAGUUGAUGUUUUGAAUAUCCCUAAUGUUCAAAAGUCAUUGGAACGAUUAUCAGAUCUUUUAAGUAAGAUUCAAAAAGCUCUUGGUGAAUAUCUUGAAAGAGAACGUUCUUCGUUUCCGCGUUUCUACUUUGUUGGUGAUGAAGAUCUACUCGAAAUUAUUGGUAAUAGUAAAGAUGUUGUUAGAAUUCAGAAACAUUUCAAAAAGAUGUUUGCUGGUAUUUCUAAUAUAUUAUUGAGCGAUGACUUGACAAUAAUUGAAGGAAUGGCAUCUCGUGAAGGUGAAGAAGUUCCAUUCAUACAUCCAAUUUCGAUUAAAGAAAAUCCAAAGAUUAAUGACUGGCUGACUUUAAUUGAAAAAGAGAUGAGAGUUUCUCUUGCUGAAUGGUUAACAAAAGCUGUGGUAGACCUUACUUCAUUCUAUCUUAAUGAGGAAUUGGUUAUUAGCACCUUGUUAGAUUGGAUUACAAAAUAUCCAUCACAAUUGGUAGUUGUUGCUGUUCAAAUUAUUUGGACGCAGUCUGUUGAUAAAGCUCUCUCCACGAUGGAAUCAGGUGAUCGUAACGAUCAAACUCCAUUAAACCGCGCUCUUGAUUUCGCACUUCGUGCAUUAGAUAUUUUGGCUGAUACCGUACUUACAGAAUUACCCCCAACUCAACGUAAAAAAUGUGAACACUUAAUUACUGAACUUGUACAUCAACGUGAUCUUAUCCGUCAACUCCUUAAGAACAAGAUAUCCUCACCAAAAGAUUUUGAAUGGUUAUAUCAAAUGAGAUUCUACUUUAAUGCAUCCAUCGAAGAUCCUCUUGCUAGACUUACGAUCAAUAUGGCAAAUGCGCAAUUCUUGUACGGUUACGAAUACCUUGGUGUUCCCGAUCGUUUAGUACAAACACCUCUUACCGACAGAUGUUAUCUUACCCUCACUCAAGCUCUUUCUCUUCAACUUGGAGGUUCGCCCUUCGGUCCAGGUACGGGAAAAACAGAAUCGGUUAAGGCCCUUGGUGUACAACUUGGAAGGUUUGUACUUGUAUUCUGUUGUGACGAAAAUUUCGAUUUCCAAGCUAUGGGACGUAUUUUUGUUGGUCUCUGUCAAGUCGGUGCAUGGGGAUGUUUUGAUGAGUUCAAUCGUCUUGAAGAAAGAAUUUUAUCAGCUGUUUCACAACAAGUACAAACCAUUCAACUUGGAUUAAAGGCUAUUACAAGUAAUCCAACUGCAGAAGUAGAAAUUGUUGGAAAGAGCCUUACAGUCAAUGCAAAUACUGGUAUUUUCAUUACUAUGAAUCCUGGUUAUGCUGGGCGUUCUAAUUUACCAGAUAAUUUGAAGAAACUCUUUAGAAGUAUGGCUAUGACAAAACCAGACCGCGAAUUAAUUUCACAAGUUAUGCUUUACUCACAAGGUUUCCGUACAGCAGAAAUUCUCGCUUCUAAAGUAGUACCACUUUUUAACUUAUGUGCUGAACAGUUGUCUCCACAAGCGCAUUAUGAUUUUGGUUUACGUGCUUUGAAGUGUGUGCUUGUUAGUGCUGGUAAUUUGAAACGUGAACGUCUUCAAUCUCUUAGAGAUAAAAAAUGCGAUGAAUCAGAAUAUACAAAGAUUUCAGAACCUAUACCCGAACAAGAAAUUGUUAUUCAAAGUAUUCGUGAAACAAUCGUUCCCAAAUUGGUCGCUGAUGAUAUUCCAUUGUUGGCCAGUUUAUUGGCUGAUGUAUUCCCUGGUGUUGAAUAUGUACCCGUUGAUCUCGAAAAACUUACAAAUGAAAUUAAAAAUGUUUGCCAAGAAAAACGCCUUCUUGAUGGUGAAAUGUGGUUGGAAAAGGUACUUCAACUUUACCAAAUUCAAAAUUUACAUCACGGUCUUAUGAUGGUAGGACCAUCAGGGUCUGGAAAAACUGUAGCUUGGAAAGUUCUUUUGGAAGCUUUAGAGCGCGUACAGGGAGUUGAAGGUGUUUCAUAUGUCAUUGAUCCAAAAGCUAUCUCAAAAGAUGCACUUUAUGGUACUCUUGACCCUACUACUCGUGAAUGGGUCGAUGGUUUAUUUACACAUAUUUUACGUAAAAUUGUAGACAAUGUUCGUGGCGAAAGUUCAAAAAGACAUUGGAUCAUUUUUGAUGGUGACGUCGAUCCUGAAUGGGUCGAAAACUUGAAUAGUGUUCUUGAUGACAAUAAAUUACUUACUUUACCUAAUGGUGAACGUCUGAGUCUUCCAUCUAAUGUUCGUAUUAUGUUUGAAGUAGAAAAUCUGAAAUAUGCUACUUUGGCUACCGUCAGUCGUUGUGGUAUGGUUUGGUUCAGCGAGGAAGUUUGUACUCUAAAAAUGAUUUAUACGAAUUACUUGGAAACCCUUAAAGCCGUACCAUUGGAUGAUAAUGAAGAAGAAAAUACUUCACGCAAAACUGAAGAUGGCGCUGAGGAAUCUGUUUCACCGAAUUUAUCAACGCAGCGCGCAGUUUCGCAAAUACUUGGUAAACACAUGACUGACGAUGGUUUCGUAACAAAAACCCUUGAACACGCUGAAAAAUUGGAGCAUAUUAUGGAUUUCACAUCAAUGCGCGUCUUGAAUACUUUGUUCUCAUUGAUGAAUAAGACCGUACGCAAUAUCAUCGAAUAUAACGCUCAACAUCCUGACUUCCCAAUGUCAGCAGAACAUUUAGAAAGCUAUGUUACAAAACGUUUAGUCAUUGGUGUUAUUUGGAGUUUUUCUGGUGAUGCAAAACUUGACUUACGUGCUCAACUUGGAGAUUUUGUACGUGGAAUCGUCACAACUGUCGAUUUACCGCCCGCACUUCCUGGAUCAUCCAUCAUCGAUUAUGAUGUUCAAAUUAACAACGGUGAAUGGGUUGCAUGGACAACCAAAGUUCCUACUAUCGAAAUUGAAACUCACACUGUUGCUGAAGCUGAUGUAGUUAUUCCUACUGUGGAUACUGUACGUCACGAAGAAGUUUUAUAUUCUUGGUUAUCAGAACAUAAACCACUUUUGCUUUGUGGUCCUCCAGGUUCUGGUAAAACCAUGACGCUUUUCAGUGCUCUCAGAAAAUUACCUGAUAUGGAAGUUGUAGGUCUCAAUUUCUCUAGUGCUACAACUCCUGAACUUAUUUUGAAAACUUUUGAACAAUAUUGUGAAUAUCGAAAGACGCCUAACGGAGUGAUAUUAUCGCCCCUACUUAUCGGUCGUUGGAUUGUUGUUUUCUGUGAUGAAAUUAAUCUACCUGCUACUGAUAAAUACGGAACUCAACGCGUUAUUUCAUUUUUGAGGCAAUUAGUUGAAUAUGGUGGUUACUGGAGAACUACAGAUAAAGCAUGGGUUAAACUUGAACGUAUUCAAUUUGUUGGCGCUUGUAAUCCUCCAACCGAUCCUGGUCGUGUUCCAUUAACUUAUAGGUUCCUUCGUCAUUCACCUCUAGUAAUGGUUGAUUAUCCUGGUGAAAUAUCUCUUAACCAAAUUUACGGUACUUUCUCACGUGCCAUGUUAAAAGUUGUUCCUGCACUUCGGGCUUAUGCGGAACCUCUUACAGCAGCAAUGGUAGAUUUCUAUCUUGCAUCACAAAAACAUUUCACACCAGAUAUUCAAGCUCACUACAUUUACUCUCCUCGUGAAUUGACUCGAUGGAUGAGAGGUAUAUUUGAAGCCAUUAAGCCAAUGGAAACAUUGUCUCUUGAAGGUCUUGUUCGUAUCUGGGCACAUGAAGCUCUUCGAUUGUUCCAAGAUCGUCUUGUCACUGAAGAUGAAAAGAAAUGGACGGAUGAUAAUAUUGAUUCCAUUGCCAUGAAACACUUCCCUAGUUUAAACCAACAAGAAGCAUUAGGACGUCCAAUUUUAUUCUCCAAUUGGUUAUCUAAAUAUUAUAUUCCCGUUGAACGUGAAGAUUUACGUGACUAUGUUAAAGCUCGUCUUAAGGUCUUCUAUGAAGAAGAAUUGGAUGUUCCGUUGGUAUUAUUCAAUGAUGUAUUAGAUCAUGUACUUCGAAUUGAUCGUGUAUUCAGACAAAUGCAAGGACAUUUACUUUUGAUCGGUGUUAGUGGUUCUGGUAAAACUACUUUAUCUAGAUUUGUUGCUUGGAUGAACGGCUUAAGUGUCUUCCAAAUAAAGGCUCAUAACAAAUAUACUGGUGAUGACUUUGAUGAAGACCUUCGUGUCGUCUUGAGACGAUCUGGCUGUAAAGGAGAAAAGAUAUGUUUCAUUAUGGAUGAAUCCAAUGUAUUAGAUUCUGGUUUCUUGGAACGUAUGAAUACGUUGCUUGCCAAUGCUGAAGUUCCUGGGUUGUUCGAAGGUGAUGAAUACAAUACUUUAAUGACAGGAUGUAAAGAAGGAGCUCAAAGAGAAGGCCUGAUGUUAGAUUCGCAAGAAGAAUUAUAUAAGUGGUUUACACAACAAGUAAUGAAGAAUUUGCACGUUGUAUUUACAAUGAAUCCUCCUGAAGGUGGUCUCGCUUCCCGUGCUGCUACCUCCCCUGCCUUGUUCAAUCGUUGUGUAUUAGAUUGGUUUGGUGAUUGGUCAGACCAGGCCUUCUUCCAAGUUGGCAUGGAAUUUACACAUAACCUGGAUUUAGAUGUUCAGAAUUACUCUCCGCCAGCUAACUUCCCUAUUGCGUACCGUAAUUUAUCUCUUCCACCUAUACAUCGAAAUGCUAUUGUUAAUGCCUUUGUCUUUGUCCAUCAAUCACUCUACGACAUUAAUGCAAAAUUGAGCAAACGACAAGGACGCUAUAAUUAUGUCACACCACGUCAUUAUUUGGACUUUAUCAAUCAUUAUGUACGUUUAUUCAAUGAGAAACGAGAAGAUUUAGAAGAGCAGCAACGUCAUUUGAACGUUGGUUUAGAUAAAUUAAAAGAAACUGUAGUAACUGUAGAAGAACUUCGUGUUAGUUUAGCUAAAAAGAAAGAAGAACUUCUAGCUAAAGACAAAGAAGCCAAUGAAAAAUUGAAGAAGAUGGUUGGUGAUCAACAAAUUGCUGAAGAACAAAAGAAAGAAUCUGAAAAAAUUCAAGUUAAUCUUAAUUUUCAAAACGAGGAAAUCACGGCACGUCGUAGCGUUGUAUUAAAAGACUUGGCGAAUGCAGAACCAGCUGUCGAAGAAGCAAAGAAGAGUGUACAGGGUAUUAAGAAAAAUCAUCUUUCUGAAGUACGUGCUAUGGCUAAUCCUCCUGAAGCUGUAAAACUUGCUAUGACCUCAGUUUGUACUUUGCUCGGGUUUAAAAUCGAUAGUUGGAAAGCUGUGCAAGGUAUCAUUCGUCGUGAUGACUUUAUUGCAAGUAUUGUAAACUUUGAUACUGACGUUAAAAUGACAAGACCUCUGAGAGAGAAAAUGAUUAAUGAAUAUAUGAAUAAACCUCAAUACAAUUAUGAACAAGUAAACAGAGCUAGUAAAGCUUGUGGACCGCUAGUCAAAUGGGCAUGUGCUCAGGUUAACUAUUCCGAAAUUUUAGAUAGAGUCGGUCCUUUACGUAACGAAGUAGAUCAAUUACAAAAGAAACAAGAAGAAACAAAAAUGAAGGCUGUUAGUAUUCAAAAAAUGAUUGGCGAGUUGGAAGAUAAAAUCAAAGAAUAUAAAACAGAUUAUGAAUCCUUAAUUAGUCAGAAACAGACUAUUCAAGAUGUUAUGUUGAAAGUCAAGACCAAAGUCGAUCGUAGUUUAACACUUCUUUCUAGUUUAGCAUCUGAAAAGGAAAGAUGGGAAAGUGGUAGUCAAGCUUUUGAAACACAAAUGGGUACAAUUGUAGGUGACGUCUUGCUUUCAUCUGCUUUCCUCGCCUAUGGUGGUUACUUUGAUCAACAAUAUCGUGAAAUAUUAAUAAGCAAAUGGACAAGUCACCUCGUCAAUGCCAAUAUUCAAUUCAAACCAGAUCUAUCAUUAACAGAAUAUCUUUCAACUGCCGAUGAUCGUCUUUCUUGGCAAGCAAAUUCACUUCCUGCGGAUGAUCUCUGUACAGAAAACGCUAUUAUGCUCAAGCGCUUUAAUAGAUAUCCAUUAAUUAUCGACCCAUCUGGUCAAGCUACUGGCUUUUUGAUGAGUGAAUUUAAGGAUAGGAAGAUUAGCAUUACUAGUUUCUUGGAUGAUUCAUUCACCAAAAACUUGGAAAGUGCUCUUCGUUUUGGUAAUCCAUUAUUAAUUCAGGAUGUUGAACAUCUCGACCCUAUUUUAAAUGCUGUACUUAACAAAGAAUUGCGUCGUACUGGAGGUCGUGUCUUGAUCCGUUUGGGAGGACAAGAUAUUGAUUUCUCUCCAUCAUUUACACUAUUCCUUUCAACACGUGACCCAUCUGUCAAUUUCCCUCCAGACGUAUGCAGUCGUGUCACAUUCGUCAAUUUCACUGUAACUCGCGGUAGCUUACAAAGUCAAUGUCUUAAUCAAGUUCUUAAGGUUGAAAGACCCGAUACUGAUCAAAAGAGAACCGACUUAAUUAAACUUCAGGGUGAAUUUAAAUUAAAAUUAAGGCAUCUUGAAAAAUCUCUUUUACAAGCUUUGAACGAUUCGAAAGGUAAUAUCUUGGAUGAUGCUGUAGUUUUGGACACUUUAGAAACGUUGAAAAAAGAAGCGGCCGAGAUUACUCAAAAGGUUCAAGAAACAGAAAGCAUUAUGCAAGAAGUUGAAGAAGUUACAGCACAAUAUACUCCCCUAGCUCAAGCCUGUAGUUCGGUAUUCUUCGUUAUGGAACAAAUGAACUUGUUACAUCAUUUCUAUCAAUUCUCUCUUGAAUACUUUUAUGAAAUCUUUCAAUAUAUUCUUCAUGAAAAUCCUAACCUUAAAGACAUUAAGGACACUUCUAGUAGAUUAGAAAUUCUUAGACGUGAUCUUUUCAACGUCUCUUUUAAACGUGUUUCACGUUCGUUGAUGCAUGAGGAUUAUGUUACAUAUGCAAUUCUAUUAUCCCAAAUUAAGUUGCGUGGUUCCCCCAACGCAGUGGAUGAAGUCGAAUACGAUUACUUAUUAAGUGGUGGUGAUGUGGUUCCAGGGUCAACCGCUACCGCAAGAGAAUUAGGGUUACCUGCUGACCUUUUCGAUUCUGAUCAAUUAUGUAAAAUCAAAGAGUUCACUACCCUUCCAUGCUUUUCUAAACUUACUAAACAUAUAGUAAGUAACUUAUCAGAUUGGAAAGAAUUUUUGUCGACUGAUCCUGCUGAAACUUGUGUUCCUGUAUGUUGGGAUAGUGGAUUACCUGCUUCUGUCGUACAAUUACGAAAGAUUUUGCUUGUUAAAUGUUUCAGACCAGAUAGAUUAAUUCCUGCCGUGACUCAACUAGUCGGUAUUGCAUUCGAUCCAGGUUUCAUUAACCAAACAGAUUUAGACUUUCAGGCUUUGGUGUUGGAUGAAAUUCAACCAGCUACUCCAAUUUCCUUAUGUUCGGUUCCUGGUUACGAUGCAAGUUUCCGAGUUGAUAAUCUUGUUGCUGAACUUAACGUUCGUUGUACAUCGGUUGCUAUGGGAUCACAAGAAGGUUUUACUCUUGCCGAUCAAGCCAUUGCCAAUUCCAUUAAGAAUGGUAACUGGGUUUUAUUGAAGAACGUACAUCUCGCACCUUCUUGGUUAGGUCAAUUAGAAAAGAAAUUACACAGUAUGAAAGCACACAAGAACUUUAGAUUGUUCCUGACCAUGGAAACAAACCCAAAGGUGCCGGUGAAUCUAUUGCGUCUAUCUCGUAUACUUAUGUUCGAACCUCCACCUGGUAUCAAGGCCAACCUUACAGAUUCUCUUAAAGCUAUUGCCCCAAGUCGUCUUCAAAAGGGUCCUACCGAACGAAUCAGAUUAUAUUUCAUGCUUGCGUGGUUACAUGCUAUUGUUCAGGAACGUCUUCGUUAUUGUCCUCUUGGUUGGACCAAGAUCUACGAAUUUAAUGAAUCAGAUCAAGAUUUUGCAAUAAACACAAUUGACACUUGGUUGGACUCUGUCGCUCAGGGCAGAACUAAUAUUUCUCCUGAUAAAAUCCCUUGGGAAGCUAUGCGUUCAUUGAUUACUAUUUCUGGUUAUGGUGGUCGUAUUGAUAACGAAUUUGAUAAGCGUCUAUUGGAAUGUUUUGUUAACAGCUUAUUCACGCCAGCUGCCUAUGAUCUUGAAUUUACACUUGUCGAUGUUGAAGGCUCUGACAACUUGGUUACGCCCGAAGGUAGUAAGUUAGAUCAUUUCAUGAACUGGGUUAAUAAACUUCCCGAAAGACAGCCACCUGUUUGGUUAGGAUUGCCAAGUAACGCUGAAAAAGUAUUGUCCACAAGCAAAGGUUAUGCAAUGCUUUCUAAAAUUCGUAAGAUGAAAAGUUUGUCCGAUGAUGAUGAAGUUGCAUAUACACAAGAAUCAAGUUCUGAAUCAUCAGGAGCAUCUGCUCAACCAGCCUGGAUGCGUGCUCUUUACAGUAGUGUCGAAAAUUGGAUGAAGAUGUUACCAGAAAAAUUAACUUCCAUGAAUCGUACUGCAGACAGUAUCAAAAAUCCAUUGUUCAGAUUUUUCGAUCGUGAAAAUCAAAUAGGUCGCGCUCUUCUCAAGAAAAUACGUCAAGACUUAGCAGACAUCAAGAAA